AUGACAUUUGAAUUACCUUCAUCCAAACUUGAUAUCAACCAAGAUGGCGAUUUCACGCCAUAUGAUGGAAGAUCAUUGGCCGAAACAUCAAUCUAUACCUCGUCAUACAGGUCGGAUCCCGACUUCUACAAGUCAACAUUAUAUUCACCCGUACAGACUGCUAGAACAAGAGCCACCUCGGAUGCUCUUGACAGGAUCAUGUCGACUCAGGCCACUCAACUUUCCGCUUUGUGCAACGUUUGGCGGUCGAGAUUCUCUUUGAGCCCUCUUGUUCCUUCGAUUCCGAAGGAAAAUGUACCUGUCAUCCGAACUAGAGCCACCUCUGAUGCUCUAGAACGGAUUUUGGCGUGUCAAUCUCAUCAAUUGACAUUGUUGGGAGCAGUAUGGCGGGAGAGAUUUCCAACAAAUCCACUAAAUUCCUCCAACGAAAACGCAAUAAAUGACAAGAUAACUAAGUCAAACCAUCAAGAUGACAUCAAAUUUGGAGAGAUGAUUAAAGAUGGAUCCAAUCAAAGGGAUCACGAAUUGGAACAGAGGGUUUUUGAAUGGAUGGAUAAUUUCCCAGAUUAUUUUGAUUAUACAGUCGAAGACAUCGAGUAUUUGGACUUCUAA